UCUGCGUCUGCGCGCAGUUCGAACUAGCUAAAAGACCAAAAAAAUAAAUCAAAGAAAAGCCACCUAAAUACAAAAGUGCUCAAGAGGGUGACUAAAAACCCUAGAAGGCAGUGACUUAAACCAUUGUGAGUGCAUUUGUGUGUUUUCAAUAAAAAGCUGCUUAAGAAAUAAACGAGUUAACUUAAUCGCCCGCAAGUUUUUCUAACAUCUUCGGGCCGUUGAGCAAUUUUUGUGCCUCGAGGCAUUUUCGAUAAGGAAUAAACAAUUAAUUCAAUAUUUAAAGCAUAAAAGGAAACCAGACACCCAACCGCUGGACCCAACAAUCUCCGUUAACAUGUCCGCCAGCUCCUCAUCCUGCGAUUGCCUGGUGGGCGUGCCCACUGGACCCACCCUCGCCUCCACCUGCGGCGGCAGCGCCUUCAUGCUGUUCAUGGGCCUGCUGGAGGUCUUCAUACGCUCACAGUGCGAUCUGGAGGAUCCCUGCGGACGGGCCAGCACUCGGUUUCGAUCGGAGCCGGAUUACGAAUACGAUUUCAUUGUCAUUGGCGGCGGCUCUGCGGGAUCUGUGGUCGCCUCGCGACUCUCCGAGGUGCCCCAGUGGAAGGUGUUGCUGAUCGAAGCGGGUGGCGAUGAACCCGUGGGUGCCCAGAUUCCCUCCAUGUUCCUUAACUUUAUCGGCAGCGACAUUGACUAUCGCUACAACACGGAGCCAGAGCGAAUGGCCUGCCUGUCCUCGAUGGAGCAGCGUUGCUACUGGCCACGCGGCAAGGUCCUGGGCGGAACUUCGGUGAUGAACGGCAUGAUGUAUAUCCGCGGCAACCGCGAGGACUACGACGAUUGGGCAGCCCAGGGUAAUCCAGGCUGGGCCUACAAUGAUGUGCUGCCGUUCUUCAAGAAGUCGGAGGAUAACCUGGAAUUGGAUGCCGUGGGCACGGAAUAUCAUGCCAAGGGUGGCCUGUUGCCAGUGGGCAAGUUCCCCUACAAUCCACCCCUGUCCUAUGCUAUUCUCAAGGCCGGCGAGGAACUGGGCUUCUCUGUCCAGGAUCUCAAUGGUCAGAACUCCACAGGAUUCAUGAUUGCCCAGAUGACGGCCCGCAAUGGCAUCAGAUAUAGCUCGGCCAGGGCUUUCCUGCGUCCGGCACGCAUGCGCAACAAUCUGCAUAUCCUGCUAAACACCACGGUGACCAAGAUCCUCAUCCAUCCGCACACCAAGAAUGUGCUGGGCGUGGAGGUGAGCGACCAGUUCGGCAGCAUGCGCAAGAUUUUGGUCAAGAAGGAGGUGGUGCUGAGUGCUGGAGCUGUGAACUCGCCGCAGAUUCUGCUCCUGAGCGGUGUGGGUCCCAAGGAUGAGCUCCAGCAGGUGAAUGUGCGGCCGGUUCAUCAUCUCCCAGGUGUGGGCAAGAACCUCCAUAACCAUGUGGCCUACUUCACUAACUUCUUUAUCGAUGACGCGGACACGGCGCCCCUUAACUGGGCCACGGCCAUGGAGUACUUGCUGUUCCGGGAUGGCCUGAUGUCUGGCACUGGCAUUUCGGAUGUCACCGGCAAAUUGGCCACCCGUUGGGCCGACAGGCCGGAUUUGCCCGACCUCCAGCUGUACUUCGGUGGCUACCUGGCCAGCUGUGCCCGCACAGGACAGGUGGGCGAGCUGCUUUCGAACAACUCCCGGGCCAUCCAGAUAUUCCCGGCCGUUCUCAAUCCCCGUUCUCGGGGAUACAUCGCUCUGCGUUCAGCCGAUCCCCUGGAUCCGCCUCGCAUCUUCGCCAACUACCUGACCGAUGAGCGGGACGUGAAGACCCUGGUGGAGGGCAUCAAGUUCGCCAUUCGACUGUCCCAGACGACGCCGCUGAAGCAGUAUGGCAUGCGGCUGGACAAGACGGUGGUCAAGGGAUGCGAGGCACCGGCCUUCGGUAGCGAUGCCUACUGGGAGUGCGCCGUGCGGCAGAACACGGGUCCGGAGAACCACCAGGCGGGCUCCUGCAAAAUGGGACCCAGCCACGAUCCCAUGGCGGUGGUCAACCACGAGCUGAGAGUCCACGGCAUCCGUGGACUGCGCGUCAUGGACACCAGCAUCAUGCCCAAGGUGACAGCGGGCAAUACGCACGCUCCCGCCGUCAUGAUUGCGGAGAAGGGCGCCUACCUGCUGAAGAGGGCCUGGGGCGCCAAGGUUUGACGCGUGGAUGCGACGUGGACGUUGCAUAGAGUAAUUUAAUCAAGAAUCCAAGCGAAAAUUAAGCGAAAUUACACUUAAGGCCCCUCUCAGCUCAGAUUCAAAACUAUGUCUUUCUCAGCUCAGAUCCAAAACUAUGUCUUUCUAUAUUCCCUUGGCCAAUCUAAUACAAUCUAAUCCGAUCCAAAACCAACCGAAGGCUUCUCACUCUAGGCACACCGCGUUGCGCAAUCUCCAAUAAUGCUAUCGAUAAGUUAAUAACCAACAAAGUACUCUUAAACUAACUAACUACAGUGACCCACUAAAGAUACAGUCGAACUUCUAUAGCUCAAACUCCAAAAUACUUUAAAGUAGAAGAUAAAAUCUUGGCAUUUAAUCAACAAAAACUUAGAAAAAUCUAAGAAAAUAGAUAUACCUGCUUUUUAGAACAAGCUCUUUGGAUAUAAAUAUAAUAUAAAGUUUAUUUCUCACCUUUACCGCCGAGUGUUUGAAGUUCGACUGUAGGCUUAAAGUUCGUAAUGAACAUUAUUUAAAAAAAACUACACUUUAACCACGUAAUUGAUGUUUAGACCCAUUGAAUAUGUAAAUUGUGUUAAAUGUUCGUGGGCUCCUAAACUAAACUACAUACUUGUAUUUAAACUAUAUAAUUCUUGUGACCCAUUGACCAAUGUAAAUUUCGUUUCUCGUUCACUUUGCAAUCGCACCGAUGAACGGAUGGCCUGUACUUCUGUAUACGCGUAUAUUGCAUGUAUUUAUUGUUCGAUUAAAGUGCAACUAUUUAGUUUAA